AUGGGGCACCCGCCGCUGGAGUUCAGCGACUGCUACCUGGACAGCCCCGACUUCCGCGAGCGCCUCAAGUGCUACGAGCAGGAGCUGGAGCGCACCAACAAGUUCAUCAAGGAGGUCAUCAAGGACGGCAACGCGCUCAUCGCCGCCAUCCGCGGUUACUCAUCGGCAGUCCAGAAAUUCUCCCAGACUCUGCAGUCCUUUCAGUUUGACUUCAUUGGGGACACUCUAACAGAUGAUGAGAUUAAUAUUGCUGAAUCCUUUAAGGAAUUUGCAGAGCUGCUGCAGGAGGUGGAGCUGGAGAGAUCCAUGAUGGUGCAAAACGCUAGUGAUUUGCUGAUCAAACCUUUGGAAAACUUUCGGAAGGAGCAAAUAGGAUUCACUAAGGAAAGGAAGAAAAAGUUUGAGAAGGAUGGUGAGAAGUUUUAUUCCAUGCUGGAUCGCCAUUUGCACUUGUCCUCUAAGAAGAAGGAAUCCCAACUGCAGGAGGCUGACCUCCAGGUUGACAAAGAGAGACACAAUUUCUUUGAGUCCUCCCUUGAGUAUGUGUACCAGAUCCAGGAAGUACAAGAAAGCAAGAAAUUCAGUAUUGUUGAGCCGGUGUUGGCUUUUCUCCACAGCCUCUUUACAUAUAACAACCUGACAGUUGAACUCACACAGGAUUUCCUUCCCUACAAACAGCAGCUUCAGCUCAGCCUGCAGAAUACAAGGAAUCACUUUUCCAGCACAAGAGAAGAGUUGGAAGACCUGAAGAAAAGGAUGAAGGAAGCCCCUCUAACCUGCAAGCUCCCUGGGCAGCCAACCAUAGAGGGCUACCUCUACACCCAAGAGAAAUGGGCACUGGGCAUCUCCUGGGUGAAAUAUUACUGCCAAUAUGAAAAAGAGGCAAAAACGCUGCGGAUGACCCCCAUGGACCAGAAGCCUGGAGCUAAGCAAGGCACUUUAGACUUGACACUGAAAUCCUGUGUAAGGAGAAAGACUGAUUCGAUAGACAAAAGGUUUUGUUUUGACAUUGAAACUAAUGAAAGAUCCGGUACCAUCACCCUGCAGGCACUUUCUGAAGCUAAUCGAAGGCUGUGGAUGGAAGCGAUGGAUGGAAAAGAGCCAAUCUAUCACAGUCCCAUCACGAAGCAGGAGGAAAUGGAGCUGAACGAGGUGGGCUUCAAGUUCGUGAGGAAGUGCAUCAACGCGGUGGAAACGAAAGGGAUCACUACAGAGGGUAUCUACCGAACUGUUGGCAGCAAUAUUCAGGUGCAGAAGUUGCUGAAUGCCUUUUUUGAUCCAAAAUGCCCAGGAGAUGUAGACCUGCAAAGCAGUGACUGGGACAUCAAGACGAUCACCAGCUCACUGAAGUUUUAUCUCAGGAACCUGUCUGAGCCCGUCAUGACCUACCGACUCCACAAGGAGCUGGUCUCUGCUGCCAAAUCUGAGAACCUGGAUUAUAGACUGGGAGCCAUUCACGCUCUGGUGUAUAAACUACCUGACAAAAACAGAGAGAUGUUGGAGCUCCUCAUACGACACCUAGUCAACAUAUGUGAACACAGCCGAGAGAAUCUGAUGUCACCGUCUAACAUGGGGGUAAUAUUUGGACCUACCCUCAUGCGUGCACAGGAGGACACCGUAGCAGCAAUGAUGAACAUCAAGUUCCAGAACAUCGUAGUUGAGAUCCUCAUCGAGCAUUUUGCAAAGAUCUACUCUGGCCCCCCAGAAGACAGCGCGGCCCCGCCGGUCCCGCCGCCGAGGGUGACUGCCCGCAGGCACAAACCCAUCACCAUCUCCAAGCGGCCACUGCGGGAGAGGCCCGUCUUCUUUGGGGCUUCCGUGGGAGAAGGCGAAGGGGACGUCUGGACACAGGCGCUGAACGGUGCUGCGGUGGGCGAGUGCGACGGCCCCGCCAAGCCGCGCGGCCUCGGCGACCGGCCCGCCAUAACGCGGCCGCCCGUGAGACCCCCGGACCCGCCGAGCAGGAUGCCUGUGGCGCCGAGGCCGGAGCAGAAGGCCGAGGUGCUCGCGGCAGGCGCGGAGGAGCCGCCGCCGUCCGUAGUGGCCUCUAGGACAAAGUUCUUUGAGACGGCGUCCCGAAGAACCAGCAACUCUUCAUCACCACAAGGCAGGCUCCCAGGUGAUGACAGCUGAGGUUAAAGACUGUUUAACCGCCGAAGCCCGGCUGGACCCAGGAGACUUUCUGUGCUUCUGAAAAGGACAUCUCGCAGCUAAGAUUUUUCCAGAUCAUAUGACCCUGGAGAGCAGCUAUGUUACCGGACGAUAAUUUCAGAGCAUGCUGUCGUUAGCAGCUCAAGAAAUUAGAAGACAGGGAGAUAAAAAUGGAGAGAAGACCCUACCCUACUCAUUUGUUUUGAACUGUUCACAGCCCUUCCAACAUUCCCGAGUACACAGGCCAUGUGUAAAGGAUGCUCAUUUGCCCUCGCAGGUGUCCAGCAGGAUUGGCACUGUUGGGUGAGAGCCGCCAGAGGACAUCCGUGGGCCUGGAAGGGACAGCAGAGGACGAGAGCAGCCUUUAGCUGCUCCUGUGUGAAAUCUGCCUUGGCAGGGGGGCAUCGUGGACUGACACUGCAGUCAACAGGCAAGGAGCUAGUUCCCAGUGCUUGCAUGCAGGGAUGCAAUGGACCAAAGUUUGGGUUGGCCCCCUUGUCAUGGGAAGCUCCUUCCACUAUGUUAUGUUCUCCUUGCUGAGUAAGCUGUAAAGUGUUUUUUUCA